AUGGCUCCUCAAAACGACGAGGAGAGACCUUUACUGCGCUCCGACGACGAUCCAGAAGUCGACAGCCAAUACAGUCAAAAAACACAAAAGGUGCAGUUCGAUGACGAGGAUGAAGAAAAUCCCAGAGCAUGGAGUGGCAGGAAGAAGAUUGUCAAUGUGGCCAUCAUCGCGUUGAUGGCUAUCCUGAGUCCUCUGGCAAGCUCCAUGUUCACUCCUGGUAUUUCUCAGAUUGCCGAAGACCUCAACACCAACGAGCGAAGUGUCAUCGCCACUACGACUGGCUUUGUCAUCAUGCUUGGUUUUGGCCCGCUGUUCAUGGCGCCCCUCUCAGAGACCUUUGGAAGACGGAUGCUGUACAUCUGGGGGUUCUCGAUAUUCACCCUGCUUCAAUUGGCGUCUGCAUUGAGUCCCAACAUUGCCACUCUGAUUGCUCUACGAACUAUUUCUGGCUUCUUUGGCAGCGUGGGAUUGGCCAAUGGAGGUGGGACACUCUCUGAUAUGUAUGACCCUUCUGAAAGAGCGGGGAUUUUUGGUUGGUAUCUGCUUGGUCCACUACUAGGGCCGACUUUAGGGCCUCUGUUUGGAGGGGUCAUUGUCAGUCGACUGGGAUGGAGAUGGAUAUACUGGAUUCUCACAAUCGUAUGUGGAUUGAAUACCGGUGUAGGGUAUUUCUUUCUUCGAGAGACAUUUGCUCCAGUACUCCUUGCCCGUCGAAAGGCGACACUCCAGCAAGGAGCCGACCGAGAUAUCAAGUUCCACUUUGAGGGCGAAGACGAACGGCCUUUGUGGCUCAAACUUCGUGCGAGCAUGAAGAGGCCCUUUGUGAUUUUUGUGCAGCCAAUCGUGCUGAUCAUGAGUCUGUAUCAAGCUCUGAUAUUCGGCACCACUUACAGCAUCUACACCAACAUGCAAAGCAUAUAUUCUCAAGCGCCAUACAAUUUCAACUCGGAAAAGAUUGGGCUGCUAUACUUGGGACCUGGCUUGGGAUUUUUGACGUCUGUUCGAUUUCUGGUGCCUCGCAUCGACACAGUGUUCAAUAGGCUUACCAAGAGGAAUGACGGCAAAGCACUGCCGGAAUUUCGGCUACCGCUCGCUAACAUCGGUAGUGUUCUGAUCCCUGUCAGUAUUUUCUGGUUUGCCUGGAGUGUGCAGCUUCGUGUUCACUGGAUUGUGAGCAUCAUCGCAACUUACUUUUAUGGUGUUGGACAAGUGGUUGUCUUCAACGCGGUACAGAACUAUUAUAUCGAUUCAUUUUCAGAAUAUGCAGCGUCUGCAAUUGCGGGAGGAUCUGUCUUCAGGAGUCUUCUAGGUGGCGUGGUACCCUUAUUGGCGCCAUCUCUUUUUGAAAAACUCGGCUACGGGUGGGGGAUCAGCUGUUUUGGAUUCGUGGCUGUUCUCAUCGCACCCAGUCCGUUGCUGUUUUAUUAUUAUGGAGCACGCAUUCGUGAAAGGUUUCAGAUCACUUUCUGA